UUAAAGGAGGAGAAGACAGGAAUCUGUUAAAGAAGCAUCUUUUUAUUUUGAAUAUCAGUCAAUAGUUAUUAGUUAUUGAUUAUUUGGUAAUAUAUCAAUAUCUCUGUGUUCUCUUAUGUCUGUGUCGUCAACAUUUGAACAUUUUUGAGCGGUCCGCUCUUUCUGACUGUAAACAAAGCCGUUCUCCACCUCCUCUAACCUGAUUGGUUGUGAGGCAGACGCUGCUCCCCCGUGUCGUUCAGGAGCCCAAACAAAGUUAGCGUGCUACAAUAUCGGACAGUAGAAACCAACCAGAAAGUUCGGAAAAUCGUCUGAAUCCUCCUUUGGCCACGACUGCCGACACAAGCAAGAAAACACUCAAACAUAAACAGUCAACAAGAAAACAGUCAGCAAGAAAACAGUCAACAAGAAAACAGUCAACCAUAAACAGUCAGCAAGAAAACAGUCAGCAAGAAAACAGUCAACAAAAACAGUCAACAAGAAAACAGUCAGCAAGAAAACAGUCAACAAGAAAACGUCAACUAUAAUGAGUCAACAAGAAAACAGUCAACCAUAAACAGUCAGCAAGAAAACAGGCAGCAAGAAAACAGUCAACAAAAACAGUCAACACCAAAACAGUCAACAAAAACAGUCAACAUCAAAACAGUCAACAAGAAAACAGUCAACACCAAAACAGUCAACAAGAAAACAGUCAGCAAGAAAACAGUCAGCAAGAAAACAGUCAACAAGAAAACAGUCAGCAAGAAAACAGUCAACAAGAAAACAGUCAACAAGAAAACAGUCAACACCAAAACAGUCAACAAGAAAACAGUCAGCAAGAAAACAGUCAGCAAGAAAACAGUCAACAAAAAACAGUCAACAAGAAAACAGUCAGCAAGAAAACGUCAACCAUAAACAGUCAACAAAAAACAGUCAACAAGAAAACAGUCAACACCAAAACAGUCAACAAGAAAACAGUCAGCAAGAAAACAGUCAGCAAGAAAACAGUCAACAAAAAACAGUCAACAAGAAAACAGUCAGCAAGAAAACGUCAACCAUAAACAGUCAACAAAAAACAGUCAACAAAAAACAGUCAACAAGAAAACAGUCAACCAUAAACAGUCAACACCAAAACGGUCAGCAAGAAAACAGUCAACAAGAAAACAGUCAACAAAAAAAUGCUGCUCCCCCGUGUCGUUCAGGAGCCCAAACAAAGUUAGCGUGCUACAAUAUCGGACAGUAGAAACCAACCAGAAAGUUCGGAAAAUUGUCUGAAUCCUCCUUUGGCCACGACUGCCGACACAAGCAAGAAAACAAAGUAAAUACCGGAGACUCUGGAGGAAUAACGGGCGCUUAAAACGGAGGUAGACCGGACAAGAGCUAAAAAGCCGGGUCAACAUAAACGAUGGGGGACGCUUGGGGAUCUUGGUGACCCUGUAACCUUUCUGCUGGACAGGUAAACCGCUUUAACAAAGUAAGACAAGUGUCUGUAACAGAAGUGGUUCUUGUCAAACGGACCUGCUGUAGCGUGUUGUAGCGCCAUCGCUAAACUGUCCUCCCUCGGGUCCUGGACUAUGUCACUUUAUCCUCGUUGUAGAAGUCCUGCAAACAUUGUGUUUGCUGGUAGUCUGUUGGCAUCUACAGUAGCACCAAUGCUUUUGACUUUCACCUUGACUGGGCCCCAUUUGUAAUGAUCUGAAGUAUUUAUCUGCAUUAUAUCUGAAUUUAAUCGGAACGAGACGAGCGAGCAGGAGCGUCUGUUUGUGGGCGGGGCUUAAGAGAGGGAGAGGAGGAGCUGAGGGGAAAACUGGUUGGAGGGGUAGAGUUUACAUUCAAGAUUUCUCCUAAAAACUGGAACUUCCUCAGAUCCUGAACUACACCACCUUAAAGUCAGAGCAGAAGUAUUCUGGUCCUCCAGCAUGUGUCGAUAAGAUUAUAAUAUUGGUGCCGAUCUUAAGGAGUCUCCCCUUUUUAGGACCAGGUCUGGACCCGGAUUAGACCAGCGUGGUCCCUCUCUGUCUUUGUUUUAAAUGUCCUCCUGAUCCGACUGCAGGACGUUCAGAUGAGAGUCCAUAAUAACCGUUUUACAUCGAUGACGACAGGAGAGAAACGCUCCUGGAUGUGCGGCGUGUUGGCCGACAGAUAUUUGACUCAGAAACAUCUGAGUGUUGGACGGACGAGGAAUGUUGACGAGAGGAAAGAGCGGCUCAGAGAUUUAAGAAGCUCCCCCGAAAAGUCAAUAUGUGUCUCAGGUUACAACCGCGGCGGCGAGGAGGAGGAGGAGGAGGAGGAGGAGGCGCUGCGCAGAUUUAUGUUUAAUAAGCUUCAGGUGUUUGGGCUGAAGAGGAGGGGUCCACACACACACACACACACACACACACACACACACACACACACACACACACACACACACACACACACACACGCUCGCUCUGCUGUCACAGCCUUUAUUGGCGCUCCGUCUUGCUCUGCGGCGUCCCCGUCUGAAACACAGAGCUACCUUUGUUACCUUUGUGCCCAACGCCAAACCACAUCAUGUGACCGUCCACGAACGCCGUCAGGGUGGAGCGGGGACCAAUGAGAAAGAGGAAUGCUCUGCAGAGGUCAGAGGGCGGGCUGACAGCAGGUAUUAACCCCCCCGCCCUCAUCUUUAGCUCUGAGUGUGUGUGUGUGUGUGUGUGUGUGUGUGUGUGUGUGAGUGACAGGUACUUAAUGCAGGUAUGAGCGGGAAACAAAGGUCAGUCUGUGAGCGCCCGCUGACCCCUCCCACCGCCCUGUACCUGUGAAAGCAGCCAGGAUCUGGAGAGCGAAGGUGUAGACAGGUGGGCGGAGCCAGCAGAGCGGUUACAGGUAUUGACAAGCCCGUGUCCUAAAUCACACGUGUGUUACAUGAGUGUGUUCUGCAGGUGUAGACGUCCAUGACGACGUUCAGGCGUCCUGCAGAACAGCUGAUACAGCACUUUUUUAUGUAAAUCUGUGCGUAGACUUCCACUGUAGAGUCUUCAACGCCGAUUCCUAAGGGAUCCGUUUGUGAGGCGAAUUUUGUGGCGGAUUACGGACAAUCACAAGAACCCUCAGAUUGACGUCCAAUCACACGAUAACAAGUUGUCUCUCUAAAGACAGACACAUAGACAUAUAAGCAGUAGAUUGUGUCCUUCCAGAGGAGGAAAUCUACUUCUAGACUUCUAGAAUCAGCAUCUCCUCAUCCAUGGUGUCAUCGGGGUGAAAUGGCGUCUGGUUUGUAGUCCGCCCUCAGACGGCUCAUCAUGAACCCAAACUACAUGAAGACGUUUCCGAACAUGUGACCCUCAAACCUCGAACAGGUCCAAAAGAGUGAGGGACUCUGGACCCGGACCAGCUGAUCCUCAGUCACUCAGAUUCACCAAAAAAACAACUUCCUCAUAUCUGUGACAUCACCAGAAGUUUCAGCCGUGGUCGUAAACACGGCGGCGCCCUCAGAGAGAAACAGGACUAUCACCCACACAGACACGGGUUUGACGGACACUCUCUUUUCCACCCUCACCCACAUCUGUCUCGGGUCUCCUCGCACACACACACGCGCACGCACACACACACACACACACUCAGAUACACAACGACCACAAGGACACACACUUUUAAAUCACCUCAAACUCUGAAGUGUGUCGGUCGUAGUCGUGACAGAUUCACAAACAUCUCUUCCACUCGGUCCACUUGUAUCUGUACUUGUUUAGUUUUAUUAUAAUUGAAUUUUGUUUUAUUGAAGUUUAUUGAUCAUCAGUUUCUGUCUGAUCCUCUCCUGUCGUUCGUCUGUAGAUAAAACAGAUUUUAACGUCUUUAAACUUUUAUAUAAAGGAUGUCUGUUUCUCUCCACGCUGAAGCCGUCUGCCUGUUUGAUUCGGUGAAGAUCCUCGUCUUUCUCAUCACUGAUCCUUAAAAAUGUUCCUUGUGGGUCGAGAACCAAAGACUCUGAAGUUCUUCUCAGUCUAAGUCACAUAUGUCAGAGUCAAGGCCCGCGGGCCACAUCCGGCCCGCGAGAAGGUUUUUUACGGCCCCUGGGAUGAUCUUGAUUUAUUAUUAGAACCGGCCCGCAGACCGCAGCAAGCCGGCAGCCCGCAGAUCUUUUAGACGCACCAAUACUACAUUUCCCACAAUGCAAUGGUGACGCACCGAGCAGUAGGCUGCUUCAUUUCAAUAUUUAUUAGCACAGCAGUCGUCAGCAUAACAGUAAAAUUAACUUUCAGAUACCCAUCAAAAAUGGCAAAACGGAAGGUGGACACUGAGAACCGGGGGUUUCAAACAAAGUGGGAGUCGGAGUAUAUGUUCACGGAGGUAGCUGGAAAACCUGUGUGUCUUCUGUGUGGAGAAAGUGUGGCGGUACUGAAAGAGUAUAAUCUGAGACGACAUUAUGAAACGAAACACGUUUUUAUUGUAUUUCAAUCCAAUUAUAUUUUAAAAAUAUUUCAGUUGAGUGGAUGAUAGAAAAUUGCUAUUAUUAUUUUUUUCUUUGAAGUAAAUUUAGCCCACUUUUGCUAAAAUAGAAAAUAUAGGCUACUGAUGGUGCCUUGAAUAAUACCGGUUUCUUUCAUUUAAUGUUCAUGUUAUGGGGAUUUUUAUAUAAAGGAAAUUUGUCUUUUGUGUCUGUUGAAAAUUAAAGAUUACUGACAGAGCCAGAAGAAAAUAUUGCUUUAUUUAUCUGAUCAUAUUGGAAUAUACACUCACCGGCCACUUUAUUAGGUACACCAUGCUAGUAACGGGUUGGACCCCCUUUUGCCUUCAGAACUGCCUCAAUUCUUCGUGGCAUAGAUUCAACAAGGUGCUGGAAGCAUUCCUCAGAGAGCUUGGUCCAUAUUGACAUGAUGGCAUCACACAGUUGCCGCAGAUUUGUCAGCUGCACAUCCAUGAUGCGAAUCUCCCGUUCCACCACAUCCCAAAGAUGCUCUAUUGGAUUGAGAUCUGGUGACUGUGGAGGCCAUUUGAGUACAGUGAACUCAUUGUCAUGUUCAAGAAACCAGUCUGAGAUGAUUCCAGCUUUAUGACAUGGCGCAUUAUCCUGCUGAAAGUAGCCAUCAGAAGUUGGGUACAUUGUGGUCAUAAAGGGAUGGACAUGGUCAGCAACAAUACUCAGGUAGGCUGUGGCGUUGCAACGAUGCUCAAUUGGUACCAAGGGGCCCAAAGAGUGCCAAGAAAAUAUUCCCCACACCAUGACACCACCACCACCAGCCUGAACCGUUGAUACAAGGCAGGAUGGAUCCAUGCUUUCAUGUUGUUGACGCCAAAUUCUGACCCUACCAUCCGAAUGUCGCAGCAGAAAUCGAGACUCAUCAGACCAGGCAACGUUUUUCCAAUCUUCUAUUGUCCAAUUUCGAUGAGCUUGUGCAAAUUGUAGCCUCAGUUUCCUGUUCUUAGCUGAAAGGAGUGGCACCCGGCGUGGUCUUCUGCUGCUGUAGCCCAUCUGCCUCAAAGUUCGACGUACUGUGCGUUCAGAGAUGCUCUUCUGCCUACCUUGGUUGUAACGGGUGGUUAUUUGAGUCACUGUUGCCUUUCUAUCAGCUCGAACCAGUCUGGCCAUUCUCCUCUGACCUCUGGCAUCAACAAGGCAUUUCCGCCCACAGAACUGCCGCUCACUGGAUAUUUUUUCUUUUUCGGACCAUUCUCUGUAAACCCUAGAGAUGGUUGUGCGUGAAAAUCCCAGUAGAUCAGCAGUUUCUGAAAUACUCAGACCAGCCCUUCUGGCACCAACAACCAUGCCACGUUCAAAGUCACUCAAAUCACCUUUCUUCCCCAUACUGAUGCUCGGUUUGAACUGCAGGAGAUUGUCUUGACCAUGUCUACAUGCCUAAAUGCACUAAGUUGCCGCCAUGUGAUUGGCUGAUUAGAAAUUAAGUGUUAACGAGCAGUUGGACAGGUAUACCUAAUAAAGUGGCCGGUGAGUGUAUUUGUUAAGUUUUCAGUAGGUUCAGUUAGGUU